ACUUGCCAUUGCCAUACCCUAUCAUAUCAUCUGCUAUAAAAUCCAUAGAAUUGCUGCGCGCAGUCUUGAUUCCAAACACGCCCUCUUCUUCACUGUCAGCGGCGCUCGUCUCAUAAACCCUUAUCAGCCUUCAGUUUCAUCUUGUUCCUUAUCUAUUUUAAGGCUUGAAGAAGUAAAUGGCGUCAUUUGCUGGGAUAUCCGCAGUUGCAUCAUUAGCUGCCCCUGGUUGCAGGGUUCUGGAUGAUAAAAUUGCUACUCCACCAAACAAGUUGUCGUCCUUCGUUUCUAUCUCUUCUAGUUCUUUUGGCAGGAGAAGGAGCAUUGCACUCCCCAAAAAACGAUAUUCUCACAUAAAAUCAGCUGCAAAAGAUUUGUAUUUCAACAAGGAUGGCUCAGCUAUAAAGAAACUCCAGCUUGGUGUCAAUAAACUGGCCGACCUAGUUGGUGUAACCCUUGGUCCCAAGGGAAGAAAUGUGGUUCUUGAGAGCAAAUAUGGUGCCCCCAAAAUUGUCAAUGAUGGGGUUACUGUAGCAAGAGAGGUAGAAUUGGAGGAUCCAGUUGAGAACAUUGGUGCUAAAUUAGUGAGACAAGCUGCAGCAAAGACUAAUGACUUAGCUGGGGAUGGAACAACAACAUCUGUAGUUCUUGCACAGGGUCUUAUUACCGAAGGUGUUAAGGUGGUUGCAGCUGGAGCUAAUCCAGUUCUUAUCACUAGAGGGAUUGAAAAAACCACCAAAGUGUUGGUCUCCGAGCUCAAGUCAAUCUCAAAAGAGGUGGAAGAUAGUGAGCUAGCAGAUGUUGCUGCUGUGAGUGCCGGGAACAGCUAUGAAGUGGGAAACAUGAUUGCUGAGGCAUUGAGCAAAGUUGGUAGAAAAGGGGUUGUGACUCUUGAAGAGGGAAAAAGUGCUGAUAAUAGUCUCUAUGUGGUUGAAGGGAUGCAGUUCGAACGUGGCUAUAUUUCUCCCUAUUUUGUGACCGACAGUGAGAAAAUGUCCGUUGAAUAUGAAAAUUGCAAGCUACUGCUGGUUGACAAGAAAAUAACCAAUGCUAGAGAUCUUAUCGGUGUCUUGGAAGAUGCUAUUAAAGGUGCUUAUCCUGUUCUCAUAAUUGCUGAAGAUAUUGAGCAAGAAGCAUUAGGAACCCUCGUUGUUAACAAACUAAGAGGGGCACUAAAAGUUGCUGCUCUCAAAGCUCCUGGUUUUGGCGAAAGAAAGAGUCAGUAUCUAGAUGACAUUGCAAUUUUAACUGGAGGAACUGUGAUCAGGGAUGAAAUCGGGCUGACAUUAGAUAAGGCUGAUAAGGAAGUGUUGGGCCAUGCUGCCAAGGUGGUGCUGACUAAGGACACCACAACAAUAGUCGGCACUGGGAGCUCUCAAGAAGCUGUAAAUAAACGAGUUGCUCAGAUUAAAAACCUUAUUGAGGCAGCAGACCAAGACUAUGAAAAGGAAAAACUGAAUGAGAGAAUUGCUAAGCUAUCAGGAGGUGUUGCUGUUAUCCAGGUUGGAGCACAAACAGAAACUGAACUGAAGGAAAAGAAGCUUAGAGUAGAAGAUGCUCUAAAUGCUACAAAGGCAGCCGUUGAGGAGGGUAUUGUUGUUGGAGGUGGAUGUGCCCUGUUAAGGCUUGCAUCCAAGGUUGAUGCUAUCAAGGAAACUCUUGAAAGUGAUGAGGAGAAGGUGGGAGCAGAUAUUGUCAAAAGAGCUUUGAGUUAUCCAUUGAAGUUGAUAGCCAAGAACGCUGGUGUUAACGGAAGUGUUGUUAGUGAGAAGGUUCUCUCGAAUGACAAUAUUAGAUAUGGAUACAAUGCUGCUACUGGACAAUAUGAAGAUCUUAUGACUGCUGGAAUCAUAGAUCCAACCAAGGUCGUGAGGUGCUGCUUAGAACACGCUGCUUCUGUAGCCAAGACAUUCUUGAUGUCAGAUUGUGUGGUGGUCGAGAUCAAGGAGCCGGAACCUGUAGUGACAGGAAAUCCAAUGGACAACUCAGGCUACGGAUACUAGGUGAUCACCUCGGCAAGAUCUGUUUUCCUGGAAGGAGUAGUAGAUUAGACAGAGCUUGUUUGGACGCGGGAAUUCAUUGUAGAGUUUGCAGGCAAAUUAUAUGAUCAACACAGUUUCUUCGAAGCUGCUCUUAAAUAACCUUGGCCGAGUAUCAGCUAUAACUAUGCUUUAUGUCAUUGUGUGGUUAUAAAACAUUGCCCAUAGGAUCCUAUUUAAUCAUUUCUUCAUGAUGCACAAACUUUUCGUCAAAAUAUUGAGAAGCCAAUUGAGAUUGAAA